GAAUAAUUAUAUCAAAUGGAUUACUUUUCUCCCCACACAUAUAACUCGAGUCUAUCUUUCUCUCUUUAGUUUUAAACCCCAAAGGAAAAGAUAAGAGCUUUAAGUUUCUUUACCUUCUCUACAUGGACUUGUCUGUACUUGAAAGAGUUAAAUGGCUGCAGCAGCAACAAAUGGUCUCACCUGAUUUUUUUGAGAUACUUGGCUCAGAUGGGAGAGAAGAGCUGAAAAGGGUUGAGAGUUAUUUGGGAAACAAUAAUGAUGAGUUGCAGAGUUUCAGACAUUAUGAAACUAUUGAUGGCUGCAUCUCCAGGACAAGUAGCUUCCAAAUUGAGCAAGUGAAGAACAAUGAAGAAAACAGAGUCAUUGCCUUGCAGCACAAGAGAAAAACAGAGGGUAAGACAGAAAAGAUAGAGAACAAGAAGAAGAAGAAGAUCAAAACAGAGGAUGAAACAGAGUCAAGCAUGAAAGGGAAAUCAAACAUGAGCAACUCAGAGACAUCCUCAGAGAUUCAGAAGCGAGACUACAUCCAUGUGAGAGCUAGAAGAGGUGAAGCCACAGACAGACAUAGCUUAGCAGAAAGGGCAAGGAGAGAAAAGUUAAGCAAGAAGAUGAAAUGUCUACAAGACAUUGUUCCUGGAUGCAACAAAGUUACCGGUAAAGCCGGUAUGCUUGAUGAGAUCAUCAACUAUGUCCAAUCUCUGCAACAACAAGUCGAGUUCUUGUCUAUGAAACUCUCUGUCUUAAAUCCAGAGCUCGAGUAUCACAUCAAUGAAUUAUCCACCAAACAGUUUCAGGCUUGCUUCACUGAUCUACCAGAAGCCGUCUCGAAGCAGUUAAUGAUGGUGGAUGCAAGUUCUUUUCCAUUACAACAUCAAGAAUCUCUAGAUUACUCUGUCAUAAACUCAAUCCAAACCACAACUCUCGGCUCUAAAGAUCAAACAUCUUCAGGCUGGGAAAUUCACUCACAAUCUCUUUACAACAACUUGAGAACCGAUUCAGUUUCAAGUUUCUUCAGCCUCGAGUAACAAAUUAGGGAUAAGGCUCACUGAAAAAAAUGGCAAUUUUUUUUGUCUUAUCAUUUUCUCUAUGUUAUCUGAAAUCUGAACCAGAAAGACAGAGGAAACCAAUCCAAAGAUCUUUCAAUCUACUGUAUAAGGAAAUUUAUAUUCUAGGGGAUAUGUAUGUGUUGAAGAAAGAAAAAAAACUCUUGUGGUCACAACAAUUCCUUGUUGUACAUUGUAGUAUAUAAUUUUUUUUUUGUAGUAUAUAAAAUAUCUCAAAAAUAAAUUUAUUUCUCACCCAACUUUUAUUA